CAAAACCGCAUUCUUAUGCGCAAAACAUGCGCAGCUGUGAGCGCAAAAUAAAUAGUUCCGCACACAGACCCAGAGAAAAAAAGUUCUCAUGCUGGGCUGGACAGAACACCACCACUGAGUACCUAGCUAACGUUACGAGGAUUGGGAGCACGCCAAAGACAGCUAACGUAAACUGGGCUUCAUCAAAUCUGGAGGUCCUUUUAACCCAAUAAGAUUUGCUAGCCAAGCGGCGAGAGAAAUUGCAACUUAUAAUGGCCUCGGAAGAGCUUUAUGAGGUUGAGAGAAUUGUGGACAAACGGAAGAACAAGAAAGGAAAGAUUGAGUACCUGGUGCGCUGGAGGGGCUAUGGCUAUGAGGGGGACACCUGGGAGCCCGAGACGCACCUCUCUGCCUGUGUGGAGUUCAUUCACGAUUUUAAUCGGCAACACGGCGAAAAACAGAGGGACAGUACUUUACUGCGCUCCACUCGAAGCACUCCCAGCACGACCCACAGUUCGAGAAACAACGCCCGCAAACAGAUCUGCAGGCCUCAGCCACACAGUGGAGCAGGAAGCCAUGCUCUAGUAAAACCCGGGAAUUCCUCUUCCCCCACCGCAGCAGCUACGGCCAUCUCGAAACCGUUGCCACCACUUGACCCUGGCGUGGCACACACUAGAACGAAUAUGCAGCUUAACUUGAGCCAAAAGUACAGUGUUUCGGCCACCGGUGACAUUUGUAGACCUUGCUUCACAAGCGGGCCUGCGGCUUCUCCGGUGGGCACGGUGCGUCGGAGCAUGGACCUGGCGAAGUCCGGGAUCAAAAUCCUAGUACCCAAAAGCCCCAUGAGCAGCCGGGCGGACUCUGAGUCGUCGCCUAGCGAGGCGGCCCACUGUCUGGAGCAAGGGGGUCAGGAGCAGGACUCUGUGCCCCCAGAGGUAGCCCUUUUGGAAAAGCCUCCAGGGUUGUUGCUGGGGCCUGGGGAAGAAAGAGCGCGCAUGGGGACCCGGCCCAGGAUUCAAAGCCAAAGCCCAUUAAUUCCUCAGCAAGUCCCCAUCACCCCCGCAUCAAUACGCACACUCAAUGGGAAAGGUACAUCAACACUCAUGGAGGCUCUGGCGGCCAAUGGGACAGCUGGCCUGCAGAGUGCAGUGUCAGGAGUCACUGCAGUCUCCGGGGUGGCAGGGAAACGGCGCUUCGAGGAGCAGCGCUCAGUCUUCGACAAGCGCCUUCGGUUCAGCGUCCGGCAGACUGAGAGUGCCUACCGCUACAGGGACCUUGUCGUCAAGAAGCAGGAUGGCUUCACCCACAUCCUCCUCUCCACCAAGUCCUCGGAGAACAACUCACUUAACCCCGAUGUGAUGAAGGAGAUGCAGAGUGCCAUGGCCACGGCGGCGGCAGACGACAGCAAGCUGGUCCUGCUGAGCGCCGUGGGUAGCAUCUUCUGCUUCGGCCUGGACUUCAUCUACUUCAUUAGACUGCUCACCGACGACCGCAAGAAGGAGAGCAUCAAGAUGGCUGAGACCAUUAGGACAUUCGUGAACACAUUCAUCCAAUUCAAGAAGCCCAUCAUCGUAGCCGUGAAUGGACCGGCGGUGGGCCUCGGAGCAUCUAUCCUCCCGCUGUGUGACGUUGUCUGGGCCAACGAGAAAUCCUGGUUUCAGACACCCUAUACCACCUACGGACAGACACCCGACGCUUGCGCCUCCCUCACCUUCCCUCGCAUCAUGGGCGUGGCCUCCGCCAAUGAGAUGUUGCUGAGUGGGCGGAAGCUGACAGCCCAGGAGGCCUGCGCUAAAGGUCUCGUGUCCCAGGUGCUGUGGCCUGGGACUUUCACUCAGGAGGUGAUGGUUCGCAUUAGGGAGCUAGUCACUUGUAAUUCAGUUGUCCUGCGGGAGUCCAAAGCACUGGUGCGAAACACAAACCGGGCCGCCCUGGAGCAGGCCAAUGAACGUGAGUGCGAGGCGCUGAAGAGAGUGUGGGGCUCUUCGCAAGGGGUGGACUCCAUCCUCAAAUACCUGCAGAAGAAGAUUGAUGAGUUUUAAGGAAAGCACGUAUUCCCCCUACGUUCCCAAAUAACCAGAAAAACAUGGCACUAGCAGUGCAUGGCGUUCAAUCUGUAGCCUCUCAAUAUCCCACCAUCCCUCUUGCAUGUAUGAGAGUACAGUGCAUUCGGAAAGUAUUCAGACCCCUUGACCUUUUCCACGUUUUGUUACGUUACAACCUUAUUCUAAAAUACAUCGAUUUAAAAAUAAAAAAAUCCUCAAUCUACAAACAAUACCCCAUAACCACAAAGCAAAAACUAGUUUAGACAUUUUUGCACAUUUAUUACAAAUAAACUACUGAAAUAUCCCAUUUACGUAAGUAUUCAGACCCUUUACUCAGUACUUUCCAGAUGUGAUGCUUGGAAUUCAGGCCAAAGAGUUAAACCUUGGUUUCAUCAGACCAUAGAAUAUUGUUUCUCAUGGUCUGAGAGUCUAGGUGCCUUUUAGCAAACUCCAUAGCAGGCUGUCGUGUGCCUUUUACUGAGGAGUGGCUUCUGUCUGGCCACUCUACCAUAAAGGUCUGAUUGGUGGAGUAGUGCAGUGAUGGCUGUCCUUCUGAAAGGUUCUCCCAGCUUCACAGAGGAACUGUGGAGCUCUGUCAGUGAACAUUGUGUUCUUGGUCACCUCCCUGACCAAGGCCCUUCUCUCCCGAUUGCUCAGGUUGGCCGGGUGGCCAGCUUUAGGAAGAGUCUUGGUGGUUCCAAACUUCUUCCAUUUAAGAAUGAUGGCGGCCACUAUGUUCUUGGACCUUCAAUGGGUUCUCUGCUUCUCCGAGCUAGAGGCGUCACUACAGACCCUGGUUUGAUUCCAGGCUAUAUCACAACUGGCUGUGAUUGGGAGUCUCAUAGGGCAGCGCACAAUUGGUCCAGGUUUGGCCGGGGUAGGCAGACAUUGUAAAUAAGAAUGUAUUCUUAACUGACUUGCCUAGUUAAAUAAAAUAAAAAAAAUGCUGCAGAAAUGUUUUGGUACCCUUCCCCUAAUCUGUGCCUAGACACAAUCCUGUCUCUGAGCUCAACGGACAAUUCCUUCGACCUCAUGGCUUGGCUUUUGCUCUGACAUGCACUGUCAACUGUAGGACCUUUUAUAUAGACGGGUGUGCCUUUCCAAAUCAUGUCCAAUCGAGUGAACUUACAACCGGUGGACUCCAAGUUGAAGAAACAUCUCAAGGAUUAUCAAUGGAAACGGGAUGCACCUGAGCUCAAUUGAGUCUCAUAGCAAAAGGUCUGAAUACUUAUGUAAAUCCGAUUUUUAUUUUGAAUAAAUGUAAACAUUUCUAAACCUGUUUUUGCUUCGUCAUUAUGGGGUAUUGUCGAUUGCUGAGAAACAUUUUAUUUAAUCAAUUUUUAGAAUAAGGCUGUAACAAAAUGUGGAAAGUCAAGGGGUCUAAAUAUUUUCAGAAGGAACUGUAUGUAAUGAAUUGUAUGUGCACACAUUGAAGGGGACCAGCUAAAAAUAACAUUUGUAGACGUUCCUGCUAGACCUUUAAAUCCCGCCUUCCUAGCAUCCUGAUAACCUUGUGUUGACCCUUUACCCAAUAACCCUGACUUACGAAAUACAAUUUCCCAUGCUGCAUUACAGGUUCAACUAAAUUGAAGGGAUUGGAGGAGGAGAAGACAUUGAAUACACAAUGUGUCUUACAUAGCAGGGUAUCUGUCCUACUCAGCUCGGGAUUGAUUUGGGUUGGAUGUUGUAUCAACAUGGAUCAGCAUUUAUUUAUGACGUAACGAAAGAGCAAAUGUAAACAUUCAACAAAAACCCAAGCGACUUCCAUUGUGGAGCUUUGCACUAACAUGUGAUGCUCUGAACUCAAUUAAGCUGUGUUGGAACUAACUCUUGGGAAAACAGUGUAGCCCAGUGGAUUGAUGGCUUAUUGGAUUCUCUACAUUAACUUUUUUCUUUAGACUCCUGUAAGACUUUCCAUACAAAACAGGACUUAUUGCUAUUAAGUUGAAUAGCGCCUAGGAUUCAAUCAAAGGCCCGUUGUUGAUAAGCGUAGAGCACUUCACUUUUGAAGGUAAUUUACGCCUGAGCGAUCUUCGAACGUCAGGGAAGUUUGUCAACAGUGUAGUGCCUUAACAACACGCCUUUUAAUUGAAUCCGGUCCAAAGUCUGUCUCAGACGAACUUUUAAAGCUCUCGACUGUAUUUAGGUUUGUCUAACUGAUAUAGUCUCUAGAUAUUUCACCCAGGUAGUCUUUUUAUUUAUCUUAUUUGGCUUUGGGGACGGUAUGUGCUACCAAACAGUUUCUAUGGUAAAUUAUUUUGUUUUAAGUUAAGACUUUUAUUAGAAUAUUAUAAUUAAAUAUUCUGCAGCUUCUGAAUUAUUCCUUCCAUGAAACAUGCCCGCAAGGGAGAGACAAUUACAAGAUUCUAAUGCAAUAUUUGUAUGCAGUUGUGAUGAGGCUAGGAUACACAUUAAGGCUCUAGCUAAGCUCCAAAGCAGUGCCUUGUCCUUUACUUAUUUUUCCAUGACUUCACAAAUUGUGGGUUCUGAUCUGACGCGAUUAUCAGUGAGAAUAGCCUAAUGUUAUUGCAGUGAAAUCGGGCCAAUGCAGUGUGAUGUGAUAGUUUAUGAAAAUUAUCCAAAAAAAGGCCCAUGCUAAGACAUGUUUAAUAAAUACAUCAGGGAAAACAUGUCAUUUCUCAGUACCAUGAAUAUAGUACCAUAACUACAUCAGGCACAUGACCCUGAUGUAGUUGUUAAACAUGUCUUGGCAUGUGAGCCUUUUGGAUAGUUAAUAUUCAUGGUACUGAUUUUAAAAUGGUGGAAAAUGUAAUUAUUUAUAUUGUCUGAAAGUAUAUGAAGUAUUUAAAUAUUUAAAGUGCAGCUGGUUUGGACAAAGUAGUUUGUUUUUGAGUCAUUGCUCAUGGUUUGUAAUUGCUGUUACUUCACAUUUAAAAAAAAAUAUAUCUUCUUGGGUCAGUCUCACUAUCCACGUCAGAAUUCAGUUUUGGCAUUCAUACAUACUGUGCACUCCAAGGGUAAUCAGACCUUGACUUUCUCCACAUUUGUUACAUUACAGCCUUGUUCUAAAAUGCAUUUAAAAGUCCCCCCCAAUCUACACACCUCAUAAUGAAAAAGCAAAAACAGGUUUAGAAUUUCUUAAUUUAUUACAAAUAAACAUAAUUCACAUUUACAUAAGUAUUCAGACUGUUGAAGCACCUUUGGCAGCGUUUACAACCUUGAGUCUUGGUUCUGACGCUACUAGCUUGGCACACCUGUAUUUGGGGAGUUUCUCCCAUUCUUCUCUGCAGAUCCUCAAGCUCUUGUCAGGUUGGAUGGGGAGUGUCGAUGCACAACCAUUUUGGGGCGGCAGGGUAGCCUAGUGGUUAGAGCGGUGGACUAGUAACCGGAAGGUUGCAAGUUCAAACCCCCGAGCUGACAAGGUACAAAUCUGUCGUUCUGCCCCUGAACAGGCAGUUAACCCACUGUUCCUAGGCCGUCAUUGAAAAUAAGAAUUUGUUCAAUACCGGGCCACUCAAGGACAUUGAGACUUGUCAUGAAGCCACUCCUGCGUUGUCUUGGCUGGGUGCUUGAGGUGUUUGUCCUGUUAGAAGGUGAACCUGCUGGUCACUGACAGAGCUCCAGAGUUCCUCUGUGGAGAUGGGAAGAUCUUCCAGAACGACAACCAUCUCAGCAGCACUCCACCAAUCAGGCCUUUAUGGUAGAGUGGCCCGAUAGAACCACUCAGUAAAAGGCACGACAGCCCACUUGGAGUUUGCCAAAAGGCACUUAAAGGACUCUGAUCAUGAUAAAUAUCAUAUUCUCUGGUCUGAUGAAACCAAGAAUGAAUACUUUGGCCUGAAUGCACCAUCCCUACGGUGAAGCAUAGUGGUGGCAGCAUCAUGCUGUGGGGAUGUUUUUCAGCUUUAGGAAGAGUCUUGGUGGUUCCAAACUUCAUUUAAGAAUGAUUUUUUGGUACCCUUCCACAGAUCUGUGACUUGACACAAUCCUUCCUGUCUCUGGCCUCUACGGACCAUUCCUUUGACCUUAUGGCUUGGUUUUUGCUCUGACAUGCACUGUCAACUGUGGGACCUUAUAUAGACAUGUUUGUGCCUUUCCAAAUCAUGUUGAAUCAAUUGAAUUUACCACAGGUGGGCACCAAUCAAGUUGUAGAAACUUCUCAAGGAUGAUCAAUGGAAACAGGAUGCACCUGUGCUCAAUUUCGAGUCUCGUAGCAAAGGGUCUGAAUAUUUGUCCUUUACUCCUUUUAAUACAUUUGCAAACAUUUCUAAAAAAACUGUUUUUGCUUUGUCUCAUUAUGGGGUAUUGUGUGUAGAUUGAGGAAGAACAAUGUAUUUCAUCAAUUUGAGAAUAAGGCUGUAAAGUAACAAAAUGUGGAAAAAGUCAAGGGGUCUGAAUACUUUCCGAAUGCACUGUAGAGGUAUCCGAUUGUUACCACUGCACAUUUCAUUCACAUUACAGAUUAAGGGCUGGAUAACAUUUAAAGAGACUUGUUUUUUUUUUUGUCUUUGACCUAUACCCUCUCCAGGAAAGAUGCAAUCUGCCCCCAAAUAUUGUGCCUGAUAAGCAUGUCAUCUCCUUGUUUUAUCUUGUUUCAUUAAACAUUUGUAUCACUGAAGGCUGAUUAGAAAUAUUAGCAGCCAUUUAACACUUGGACCAGAGUAGCUUAGUUAAUGUAUACAUAAGAUCACCCAUACUGCACCUCCUCAACCCAAAGUUUUAAGCAUUUUUCUUGUUGACAAAAAGUGCAAGAGAUUAUUUAAACAAUGUGUCUUAUGUUAACACAGCAUGAUGCCAAGAGGCUUGUCUAGUCACACAGAAUUCACUCUGUUGAAAUUGACCCUAUUUUGGUACAGCAGCAAAAUAUUUUACUAAGUCUGAAUUGUAUAACCCUCACCCUUCCAAUUUUUCAGGCUGAAGAACUACAGUAUGUACUGUGUGAACUGCCUUUAGACUGAAAUCCUGGUACAGUAUUUUUGCAUACAGUACAAGGGACCUAUUUUGUUGUACAGUAAGUAUAAUAUUUACUAUCUGUAAAGUUGUUUUUAUAUAGAUGCUGAAAUCUAUACUCGCUAUGAAAAUAAACUGUUAGAACUUGUUAA